CACAGGCGGCGGGAGGCUAUGGCGGGCGGUGGGCGCUGGGGGUUGCCGGUGGCGGCGGCUGUAGCUGCCCUGUGCUUGGUCGCGCAGUUGGUGGGCCGCGGGGCGCAUGCGCUGUAUUUCCACAUCGGGGAGACUGAGAAGCGCUGCUUCAUCGAAGAGAUCCCGGAUGAGACGAUGGUCAUCGGCAAUUACCGGACGCAGCUGUGGGACAAGCAGGCCGAGGCCUUCCUGCCGUCCACACCGGGGCUGGGCAUGUUCGUAGAGGUCAAGGACCCCGACAAGAAGGUGGUUCUUUCCAGGCAGUAUGGCUCUGAGGGACGCUUCACUUUUACGUCGCACACCCAUGGUGAGCAUCAGAUCUGCCUCCACUCCAACUCCACUCGCAUGGCGCUUUUUUCAGGGGGCAAAUUGAGAGUGCACUUGGAUAUUCAAGUUGGGGAGCACACAAAUAACUACCCUGAGAUUGCAGCAAAGGACAAGCUGACAGAGCUGCAGUUAAGAGCCAGGCAGCUUCUGGACCAAGUGGAACAGAUCCAGAAGGAACAAAACUACCAAAGGUACCGAGAGGAGAGAUUCCGUAUGACCAGUGAAAGCACCAACCAGCGGGUCCUGUGGUGGUCCAUUGCCCAAACUAUCAUCCUCAUCAUCACGGGUGUUUGGCAGAUGAGACACCUCAAAAGCUUCUUUGAGGCCAAAAAACUGGUAUAAGCACUUAUCGCAAGCACUUUCAUUAAAAUCUUCUCCAACAUCCACUGAACUCAUCUCUGCCCUUCUGGGUUUAUGAGAAUUGUGAACUGAAUCAGAAACAUAAGGUAGAACAUACCACGACUAGUGCUCCCUCUGCAAGCCUCCAGCUUGCUCUUUGGUUGGUAUUGAGGGUUGCAUUGGGGGUAGGUACGGAAUUUCAGUGCUUGAUUACCAAGCCAUUGCAAAUUUCAGGGAGAGGCUGUAACUUUCUGAGAGGUUUGUGACAGAGAUAUUUAAGAGCCCCCCCCCCCUUUUUUUGUUUGCUUCGGGUUUUUUGUCCUGAUUGUGGGGUUGGCAGGCUCUGUCUCUGCAGUGCUUUGGUGGUUCCCUAUCAUGAUUCUUCACUUUACUGCCUUUCAGCAAUUCCUUUUAGCAAAUAGGUAUUGGGAUAGGCAAGAAAGGUAGAAAUUAAAUUUAUACCUCUGUUUUGAUAAUAUAUGUGGGGGCAAGUGGGAAAUGGCAUUUGUCAAAGUUAGUCUUUCGAUUCUGUUUCUUCAGCAAUAGGAGCAAAUGUUUCUUGGAUUACAUCCCCUUUCAAUGCAAUGCCAUUAGCCCAGUUACUCUCAACAACUUGGAAUGCACUGUUUUUGUGUGCCUCAGUUUCCUCAACAAGUUCUGGAUGAUUGUUGCCUUGGGUGGGCACUAAAUGCCCGUGGUGGGACAGCAGAUUUAACGUCCUCAUUUCCCCCCCUCAAAGUGUGAGGAAUUCCACAAAUGUAAGGCGGCAGCAACCAUAGCGGUAAGUGGAGCAGCAGUUACUCCACCUGGAGUUUCCUUUCAACCUUACUAGAGUUUUUUGGGACGAGAUGGCUGUAUGUAUCUGCUGUUCAUGAUGAAAACAAAGCAUGAGGACUUUAAAAUACAGAAAAUGUGCAGUUGAAUUGGUCUUUCCUCUACCUACCUUCAAUAAAGGAAUUCGCGGCUUCC